CCCCACCCCCAACAAAUCAUAGAUCCCUCAACCUUGAUUGGCCCUCUCAAGUCUCAAUCCCACCCUAUAGCUUUCUCAAUCUCUCUCCACAUAAAAAUAGGGCCAAGGAGAAAUAGUAGAAGAAACAAGGAGCCAAAGAGAAAAAGAAAGGUCCAACCUUGACAACUCGCCAUUCAUAUUAGGUAUUUUACUGGUAUCUCUCUAUCUCCCGAAAAUUCCUUGAAAAAUCAAUUUUGUCAACAGAAGUGCUUUGUGUCUGUUCAAAAAUUUGAAAAAUAGAUAUCGCUAUCUAUAGUCUCCACCCUUCUCUUUCCAUGUAUGUAGUUAUGUACAAUACGUAGGAUUGGAUGUAUAGAAAGCGCGGGCCGAAAUUCUGUGUCCAGCGGCCAUGAUUAUUCACUUCCCGCCCAAAAACUUACAUCCCACACCCUUCAGCUUCAUCGAACGAAACCCAUCUGAUCGGAAAAAAUCACAAAUCCAUUCACUUUUGCUCAACUAAUACACCUGAGCUUUUGUAAUGAUGCUCGAUCUUCUUUUGUUUAUGAUAGUCUUCGCGCUCUUCAGCUAACUUAGUGAUGAUUUCCGUUUUUAGGGUUUUGAUUUUCUAAUGGCAGGUUGGUCCAAAAGAGUGAAUGGGUCGGGUAUAGAUUGCUUGAGCUCUCUUGAAACCCCCCAGGAGAAGCUUGUUGAUUUUAUAGUUGGGGUUAAAGGCUAUAGGAAGGAGGUUGAGGGAGAAAGAACCAAUGCUGAGACUGCGGUUUUGUUUACUAAAUUGGUUGCUCAUUUGCUUGAAGAAUCACACAGCCCUAGGUGUUCUAUCCAGAUGCCACCCAGGAUUGGGAAUGAUAAACCGGUUAAUUUGCUUAAGCUAUAUCUUGUUGUGAGGGAGAGAGGUGGGUAUGGGGCAGUUUCGAGGAGUGGUUUGUGGGAUGAAGUUGCUAGGGAAUGUGGGUUCGAUUUUCCGUCUGGGGUUCCUUUGAAAUUGGUUUAUGCCCAGUAUUUGAAUGCACUUGACAGGUGGCUGCAGAAGCAAUUAAAGGAGCCCAAGAGUCCGGAAAGACAUAGUGGCAUUGAUGUUGAUGGGAUAUCAAUGGACAUGGACUCCAGCUUCAUGAACGUUAUUAGGACGAUUUUGGAAGUGAAGACAGGCAAGAAGAAUGCCAACUCUGCUGACUUAGAGAAUUCUAAUAUUGUUGAACCAUCAGUAACUGUCAAAACAAACGUCACUGUAAAAAAGGAUGAUAAUUGGCCUGCCACCACUUUUCUUAAGGAAGAAAAUACCAUAAGCAGAAAGAGGAAACAUGAAUCUUACCUUGAUAUGGUAAAUUGGGUACUUACGGCUGCAAAGGACCCUUGUAACACAUCAAUUAGGGAAAUACCGGAUGUUUCCGACUGGAAUUCUUAUGGGACUGAUACGAUUUGGAAGCAAGCUCUGUUGCUGAAAGGAUUAAUGCUCUUGAAACAGAACACUGAUUCAAGUUGCCAGAAUUCUGUUUUGCAGAAAUCACAGAAGAUGCACCCCACAAUGUAUGAGGACAAGAGUGCUCUUUCUGAUAGAGUGAGAUGCAGCCAAAGGCUUGUUGCUCAAGAAGAUUCUUUCAAAAAGAAACGCACACAGAUUUCUUCCAUAUCAUCAACUGCAAGUGUUCCCAGUGCUGAUGAUCCAAUUGACACACAGAACACACCUACACAAGAUUUGGAUGCUGGUCGUUGGUGGAACCAGCAUCGUAGAAAGCGGACACCCGUCGGACGUAAUUUCCAAGCAGAAGUACCAGAGUGGACGGGUGAGAUCAUAGAAAGUGAUUCUAAAUGGUUGGGACAACAAAUCUGGCCUUUACCAAAAGGUGAGAAGCGUGGGAUGUUAAUUGAAAGAAUCCCUAUUGGAAAGGGAAGGCAAGAAAAUUGUGGCUGCCAAAACCGAGGCUCCUAUGAGUGUGUUAAGUUCCAUAUUUCUGAGAAAAGGACAAAUUUGAAAUAUGAGUUGGGCUCUGCCUUUUAUCUAUGGAAACUUAAUUGUACCGGUGAGGAUGUUGCAACUUAUUGGACCAAAGAAGAAGAAAAGAAAUUUAAGGAUAUAGUAAUAGCAGGCUCUCCUAUAUCAGAAAGCAAGUCUUUCUGGGAUGAAAUAUUUAAGGAGUUCCCUAAAAAGAGUAGAGACGCGUUGAUAAGCUACCACUUUAAUGUUUUCCUUCUCAGGCGCCGAGCUCACCAGAAUAGGUUCACACCUACCGAAAUUGACAGUGAUGAUGAUGAAGACCAUUGUGGUCCAAGGGCAAACUCUUUUGGCCGGGAACCUACUAAGCCUUCCAACCCCAUUUUCUCCUCAUCUAAAAAGUGAGCUUAAGAUCCCCACACAGUACAUAUGGUCUUCCGUCUUCCAUUGACUUGUUUGUAGCUGUAAAUUGCAGAAAAUCUUAAAGUGCUUCUACUGUUGAGCAAUUCUUUCUUUGGUGGGAAUAGGCUUGAGGGUGCGGAUGCAAACAUGAUAGCUAUCCUUAUUCACAUAUACCAAAAUUCCUGAUAGCAGGAGGAAAUUUUUGCAUUAUGCUUAUGUGUCCCAAUGGUUUAAACCAGUGACUGCUCUAUAAAGAGUUACUACUGUCUACUGUAUUGUUUUUUCCCUCUUGAAGCAUAUUUUUUUAAAAUUAUUUAAUGGAAUUUCUUUCUUUAAAUAUUUCGUUUCAUC